AUGCGGGAUGUGGUGAAGAUUUACGGUUUUGGUAGACUCUGCUUCAGGAGUAAUUUGAAUUUAGUCCUGGACCGAAUGGACAUGAAUGUGGAAGAAGGGACAGUUGGUGGACAAAAGAGGAGAGCAAGUUUAGCAGCUGCACUGAUACAACGCCCCAGGCUUCUUUUGUUGGAUGAGCCAACAGUGGGAUUGGACCCAGUCAUCAGGAAAAAAAUUGCUGCUUAUUUGCUGAAAAUGUGCAAAGAAAGGAGAAACACCAUAAUCUUCACCACGCACUACAUUGAAGAGGCAAGGAAUUCGCAUAGGGGUAUGCCAUCCCCAGUGGGGAAAUUGGUGCACACUGGGGAUAUGUUUGUAAUUCUACACGGUGACCCUGCUGUGCACCUGAAGUGUACCAAAGUUCUUUUGUUGCACAUGCAUAUCCCUGAUGUGCACCAAUUAUGUCGCUAUCGUGCCCAGAUUGGCUUCAUGAGAAAGGGGCGACUCCUGGCGGAAGCGAACCCGGAAGAGCUGCUUGUCAGCGGUCGAGGUGCUACACUUGAAGAAGUGUUUCUUCAUUUGUGUCUGGAAUCAGAAGGUAGAAGUCAACGAGACAUCAUUGAAAUCAAAGAACGCGAGAAACAAGCUUCCAUGAGCAAUGCUGAUGGUGCAAACCCGGAAUCAGCAGGAGCGCGAAACAGCGGGCGAGAUUCUGCAGGCCAAGACGCUCAGCCAGAGGUCACUCCUUUGGGCAAGCUCAUGACUCUGGAAACUAAGCCUAUUGUAGGAGAAGUGCAGACAUUUGGGAGACCUACCAGAACCAUGGUCAGAGGAUUUGCUCCAAGUCGCUUUGUGACUCUGGUGAAAAAGAAUAUCUUGGUGCUCAUUCGAACUCCUGUGCACGUGCUAUUCCAGUUGACUGCUGCCCUUCUGCAAGUUGUCUUGUGCAGCUCAGUGCUUGGCAAACCAACCAUGAAUGCAGAAUUGGCCAUGUUUGAUGAACGACCUAAACCAUGUCAAUUGACUCCGUUCUACGAACCUGGGGCAUGUUGGAUGUUCAUUCACUCAGACUGUGACAGUCUGAACAGCCCCAGCAAUUACCUGACGAUAAAAUCUUUUGAUUCCGAGAAAAAGGCGAAUGACAGAAUUGUGAAGCACAAUGCCUUUGGAACUUCAUCAUUGCCAAAAAUUGGCGAGAAUUCUCGGAAAUUCAUGUCGAAUUCUUCGGCCGUCGAAGAAUUCCGGGAGCACGUGAAAACAUUUUCCGAGGAGUUCAGAGCUGGACAUGGAGAGAAAGCAGUUUUGGCACUUCGAAAUAUGCAGAAAGUGAUUCUUCCAUUCAAACUGCAUCAAGAUUUCAAGGAUUAUAAUCACAUGCGUCCAUUCGUCAUUGAUUUUGACAACACGGAUCCCAUCGGAUCCAUGUUCAGCUCAACAAUUGUUGAGAGAUCCAUUGAUGAAUGCUACAGUGGACUCACGGGAGGACUGUUGAGAACUUCUCCAGUAAAAAUUGAAAAAGUGUUUUACGGAUCGACAAACUUGGACAUGCGUUCCUUUUUGGUUCCUGGUUUCACAUCCUCGACGAUGUUCUUUCUGGCUGAGGGAUUGACGAGCUUAUCCCUGAUCUCCGACAGAACCGCAGGAAUCAUCGGCAGAACAAUCGUUUACGGUGUGAAAGAAGCAGAAAUCCUGCUGGCUUUGCUAUUCACCAUGUUCCUGGUGAAUAUUUUGCAAAUCCUUCUCAGCUUCAUCGUGGCCUACGGAGUUUUCCUCAUCCCUUUUCAUCACUCUUUCAAUGCAGUCUUUUACGGAUUUUUGUGCGUCAUGACUGGAGGCAUUUGUGGCAUGGGAUUAGGAUUGCUGGUCUCGUCGUACACGAAGAGUGAACAAACUGCGUUGAUUUUUCUCGUCGGGUCAUUCUUCCCGAUGAUUCUGAUAGCAGGUGUUUUUUGGCCCCUGUCAUUCAGGCCAGAUUGGCUGAGGUAUAUCAGUUAUUCUAUCCCUCCUACUGGAAUUGUGGAAGCUUCCAGAGCAGCAAUCAUGACUGGGAAGGGAAUUCUGGAUAAGGAAGUCUACAGAGGAUUUUUAAUCACCCUCGGGUGGCUGUUUGUUUUCAUGACACUGGCCAUAUUUUCUCUGAUACACACCAGGUGUCUGGGUUCGCUUCGCCUCACUAGCAUCAAUAGACGGAAGCCCUGUGAUGUGGAUCAUGUCACCAGGAUGAAGGUGGUUCUGCGUGCCCAUCCUAUUCACGCGGGCUCGCAUUCUUGUGAAAGACACGGAUGGGGUAUGGAUGGCUUGCAAAUGAUUCGAGUGCUUUGCAUGGCAUAUAUCCCAAGUGUCAUCAUGGAGUUUUAUCGGUAUGUUCUGAAGCUGCUCAUCCUGCUCGGAUUCGCCAUUGUUAUCAACGCAAAAAAUUGCAGUGAAGACGAUGGCAGGAAUUACGUCGUGAUUCAAGCAUAUCCAAGUCAAUUCGACGACUUUGGAUUGACGAGAGUGGAUACUGAAAGAAACAUAUCCUUCUUGAUCGGAUCCGCAAACAACCAAACUCAACCUUGCCCAUUAUCAUUCAACAAAAGCGCAUCUUCAGACGACGAAAUUCAUCCUCUCGUGAAAACCAGCAUCGAUAAUUACUGGGUCGCUUCCGUGUUGCGAACCCAGGUUGAUUUCAUCGGAAAUUCCACCAACUUCAAUUUCACCGUCACGUUGAAAAGCGACUUUGUGGGUUUCGCGGAUAUUCGACUCAUCAGUGGAUGGAACGCGACACGAGAUGAAGACUAUUUCUACCUCAUAGGCUAA